AAAUCUUCAUACUAUGCCACAGAAGUGAAUUUGUGGCUGGGCAGCGCGCAAAGACGAGCUCGUUGCUCGCGCUACCUAGGGUUCUUAGCGCCGGCAUUCUCGAUUCCCACCGUUCGAUCGCUCGAUCGAGCAUGGCAGCCGCCGUGGUGGCCACAGGGAUCGACGCCGCCACCAGCUGGAAGCAGCAGCUGGUGUUUGGGAAUGGCAUCAGGGUUUCCAGCUCCUCCGCCGCUCUGCCAUCGCCGCGCAAGCUCUCCAGAUUCGUGGUGAGGGCCACAUCGGACAAGCCAGCCACGAAAGCAAAUAGGCAGCUGUGGUUCGCGUCGUCGCAAAGCUUGUCCUACCUAGAUGGAACGCUUCCCGGAGACUAUGGCUUCGAUCCCUUGGGCCUCUCCGACCCGGCGGGAGCUGGAAACUUCAUGACUCCCAACUGGUUGUCCUACGCGGAGAUCAUCAAUGGCCGCUACGCGAUGCUGGGAGCGGCGGGAGCCAUCGCUCCGGAGAUCUUUGGCAAGAUUGGGAUCAUCCCACAGGAGACUGCAGUGGUGUGGUUCAAGACCGGCGUCUUCCCUCCCGCUGGAACUUACAACUACUGGGCCGACCCCUACACCUUGUUCUUCCUGGAGAUGGCGCUCAUGGGCUUCGCCGAGCACCGGCGAGCGCAGGACUUCUACAAGCCCGGCUCCAUGGGGAAGCAGUACUUCCUGGGAUUCGAGAAGUACCUGGGAGGCUCGGGGGAUCCAGCGUACCCGGGAGGGAUCUUCAAUCCUUUUGGAUUCGGCAAGGACGAGAAGUCGAUGCGGACGCUCAAGAUCAAGGAGGUGAAGAAUGGGAGGCUGGCGAUGCUGGCGAUUCUGGGCUACUUCAUCCAGGCACCCUUCACAGGCGUCGGUCCGUUCCAAAACUUGCUCGAUCAUCUCGCGGAUCCAUUCGCGAACAACAUCCUCACGAACUUGAAAGUUUACAGCACUUUCUAAGCGCUCAUAACGCUUGUUCUUCUUCUCUGUCAUCGUUCUUUAGAAACCGGAUAUCAUGCCAAGAACAUUUACAUGUUCCUCAAUGUAACUAUAUCUUUGUGAAUGAUAAAAAAUUGGUUUUGAUGGUAA